UAUAAAACGCCGUGUUUUAUAUUAUAUGGAAGGUGGUAAAAGAUAUGGUUUAAUUGAUGCAAAGGAACUCAAAGUUUCUCUACAAUUUAGUAAGGUUAAAGAAAAGCAACCGGCAACUAUAGAUAAUAAACUGAAAGAGAAUAAUGAAAAUGAUAAAAGGUCAAUUAUGGAGGACUAUAAUUAUCCUCAGUCAAAGUAUGAUGCUAAAAAGAAAAGCAAUUUGCUUGAAGAUAGCUCUGUAUAUCAGUACGAUGAACUAUAUGAUGAUAUGAAAGCUAAAAAUGAAAAAGUACAGUUGGAAAAAGCUUUGGAAAAGAAAAGUCAUAAGCCAAAAUAUAUGACCAAGAUCUUAAAACAUGCUCAAUUUAGACAAAUUGAAAAUGAUAGGAGGGCUGAAUCUAAAAUACAAAGAGAACGAGAGAUGGAAGGGGAUGAAUUCCAAGACAAAGAAACUUACAUAACAGAUACUUACAAGGAAAAGAUGGAACAGAGUCUUUUAAGACUUGAGAUGGAUAAGAAAGCUGAAGAAUUAGAAAAUAAAGAUCGGGAGAACCUGACAUUCAACAAAUUUUACAAUAAUAUUUACAAGCUGAAGUUUGGUCAAGUAUUAAAUCCCAAGGUGUCUGACGACAGUGAUCUCGAUGAAUCUAAUCAAACAAAAGCGUCUAAUGAUGGCAAACAAUCGCCAAAACUCGAGAGAAAUGAUGAUCUAGAAACUGAAUUAUCAUCAAUCAAAGCACGUGAUAUAUCACAUGAUCGAAAACGUAAUCACAGAAGUCCAAAACACCGAAAUGAAGAUGAUUCGAAUUCAAAAUCUGCCAAACACGUCAAGCCUCACAUUUCGGCUCCGCACAAAGAUUCGAGUGGAGGCGCGGAAAGGACUAAAAAAUCAGUCGAUAAAACCAAACGGCGUAAAGUCGGCUCAGAGGAUCGCGUCGUUAAGCACGAAAAGCAUAGAAAGCACAGCAGAGAUAAAAGUGACGAACGCCGAUCACAUAAAUCUUCCUCUAAAUACUCUACCCAAACAACGAGAGAGGAGAGCCGAAAGGAAAAGCACCCCAGUCUUGCCAGACAUGCUCGUAGGGAUGAAUCGAAGUUAUCUGAUAACGCUCGUAAAAGCGACAAAUCUGGUCACCAAAAAUUAUCGACCCAUAAAAAACUGAACUCCCGCAAAAAAAUCCAAAAAAAUCUGGGCUACCAAUCGGAUUUGAGCGAAUCUAGCGCCGAUAUAUCCUCUAGCGAAAGCGAGCGGGAGGAGAGAGAAAGGCAGAAGGUUAUCGUGAACGAACGACUCAAAAUAUUUGCCAGGAGGAACACGGAUUCCAAUCAGAUAUCCCAAAAAUUGGGAGAAUACAUCAAAAGAUUGCAAGCCGCCGAAAGUAAAGGAGGCUUGGAUCCCGGAUUCGAAAGUUCCAGCCUUAGUACUACGAUAGGAUACGAUGUUAUACUGAGGCUAUUCGCGAUUGAAAAUUAAAAAAAUAAUAGAUAUUUAUAGAAUAAUAAAGAAAUGUAUAUCACUCA